AUGGCUUCCAUUGGAGAUGGAGGAGGUAGCUUCUCCUCCGGCAAUACCGGUGGUGUUUUGGAUGAAGGUCAACAAAGACAGACAUCAAUAGUCAACUCCCACAGUACAUCCACAGCUGCAGAUGUUGGAUCCACCCCUCAAGAACUUCUUCCAGAUUCAUCUAAGAAGAAGAAAAGAUCCCUACCAGGAACUCCAGAUCCAAGUGCACAAGUUAUUGCUUUAUCGCCAACGAGUCUCAUGGCAAAGAACAAAUAUGUAUGUGAAAUAUGCAACAAGGGUUUCCAAAGGGAUCAAAACCUGCAACUGCAUAGGAGAGGCCAUAAUCUACCAUGGAAACUAAGGCAAAGAAGCAGCACCGAAAUAAUAAAGCGAGUAUAUAUAUGUCCCGAACCCACAUGUGUCCACCACAACCCCACUCGUGCAUUAGGAGAUCUAACAGGAAUCAAGAAACAUUUUAGCCGGAAACACGGGGAAAAGAAAUGGAAAUGUGAGAAAUGUUCCAAAAGAUAUGCUGUACAGUGCGACUGGAAGGCUCAUUCAAAAAUUUGUGGCACCAAAGAGUACAAGUGUGACUGUGGUACCAUCUUUUCCAGAAGGGAUAGCUUCAUAACUCAUAGAGCCUUUUGUGAUGCACUUGCUGAAGAAAACAACAAAUUAAGCCAAACCAUGCAACAAGACCAUCAUAGCACUCCUGAUGAUCAACUCACCCAACACAUCAAUCACACAAUAUCCAUCACUUCACCAGAAUUCAGCCAUGGUGGUAUGCCGGACUCCAAAACCCCAUCGGAAUUACUGCCUCUGAACAUCAUGCAAGGUGGUCGUGGCAGCCUAUUUGGCAGUAGCCCCAGAAAUGGAUCGCCUUCUUCUCUGCAACUAGGCGGAUCCACGCUCUCGUCCCCUCUUACUUCAGCCACAGCUUUGUUACAGAAAGCAGCCCAAAUGGGAGCUACGUCUAGCAAUGGUAGCAAUAAUAUUAAUAAUAAUAAUGGUAGCAUGAAUAACCUUGUUACUACCAUGGCACCUCCAUCUUUUGGUGGGGGUGGUGCAUACAGCGGUACUGAGACGCUGAUUGACCAGUAUCAUCCUCAUCAAUCACAUUUAGCUGGGAUUAUCGGCGGUGGAUUCUCAAGCCAGUUCCAAGAAACUUCCAUGUCACGGUUCUUUAACCCAAGUAUCAAUAAUGGAGGAGGGCAUAGCGAUGACGUAGGAUUGUACUCGGGGUACAUGAACCCUCGGAAAGAGCUCAUUAUGAACAAUAACAACAACAAUGUUGGGCAUAACGCAAAUCCUGGAUUGAAUGAUUCCAACAAUCCCUUUUUGAGGUUUAAAAGGGACGGGAACGGUGAAAACUUGACCGUUGAUUUCUUGGGGGUCGGAGGAAUGAGACUCAGAAGUUUUAAUGAACAACACCACCAAGGAAUGGAAAUUUGAAACAUUUGAUUUUGUUAAUAAUCGACCACAUGCAUAGCGCAUUAUCAAGUGUAUAAACAAUAUUUGUGCAUGUCACUCUUUUUGUGUAAUAUAUUGUUAUAUUCACGAACGAUGCUUUCAA